AUGUCCACUCCCCAGAAACGCAUGCCUUAUGUCCGGCUGGGCAACUCCGGCUUGAAAGUGUCGAAGAUCAUCCUGGGCACCAUGCAGUACGGCAGCCCCCAGUGGCAGCAAUGGGUGAUCGGCGAGGAGCCGGCGAUUGAGCACAUCAAAUACGCAUACGAGGCCGGCAUACAGACCUUCGACACGGCGAAUGUCUAUUCGAAUGGUCUCAGCGAAGUCAUCCUCGGCAACGCGAUCAAGAAGCUCAAUCUCCCUCGCGAGGAGAUUGUUGUCAUGACCAAGGCACUACGAGUCGUCUUUAAUGCAGUUGCGCCGGAGCAUGGCAUGAACAUCAAAGUGCUGGGCAAGGAGCCUGACGAGAUUGGCCUGGUGAACCAGUACGGGCUCAGCCGCAAGCACAUCUUCGACUCCGUCAAAGCCAGCUUGAAGCGGCUACAGCUAGACUAUGUGGAUUUGUUGCAGUGCCAUAGGUUCGAUUAUAACACGCCUAUCGAGGAAACUAUGCAAGCGCUGCACGACGUUGUCAAGGCAGGAUACGUCCGCUAUAUCGGCAUGAGCUCCUGCUAUGCCUACCAGUUCCAUGCGAUGCAGAACUACGCCAUCAAGAACAACCUCACGCCGUUCAUCUCGAUGCAAAACCACUACAGUUUGAUCUACCGCGAGGAGGAGCGCGAGAUGUUCCCGACUUUGAAGCUAUUUAAUGUUGGCUCCAUUCCAUGGUCCCCUCUCGGACGGGGACUGCUGACCCGGCCUCUGAGCGAGCAAUCCACGCGAGGAAGUACGGACUGGUUCCUCAAGAACUACAAGGGCGCCGGAACGGCUGACAUCGUCGCACGCGUGGAGGAGAUCGCAAAGAAGAAGGGCGUCAGCAUGGCGCAGGUCGCCAUUGCGUGGACUCUGACGAAGCCAGGGGUCACCGCGCCUAUUGUCGGCACGACGAGUUUGGACAACUUGAAAGACAUCAUAAAGGGAGUAGACGUACAACUGACAACGGAAGAAAUCAAGUACCUGGAGGAGCCGUACAAGCCGCAGGCGAUCGUGGGGCAUGUAUGA